GCAGUCGAGUUGCUCGGCUUGCUCCUUCGAGAAAAUGGCCAGGGCACAAGGAAAACCGAGUGGAAAUAUUGUGGCUGGUGAUGAGCAUUGUACAUCGCAAGCGCUCACUUACCACCACCACCACCACCACUACAGUGCUACCCUGUUCUUGCAGUCGACAGCAGCAAUAAUCCACGGUUGAUGGUGGUAUACCGCAAUGGAUAGUAACUUAGGCCCGGGCUCAAAUUUCAAGUGGGGUUACAUAGGCGCCUGCCCGUCUGCCCAACCAGUUGGACUGGCCGCAUAUUGCAAGAACGCCAGCAACCUCUUAACAACAUGUCUACUACAGUGAACAUACCUUUCGAUCUUCUUCAACCUGUUCUCAUACAUUUACCUGAUCGGAGGCAUCUGAGUGCAGCUGCACUAGUCAGCCGGGCGUUCAAUCGCGCAGUGACUCCGCUUUUGUACAGGAGGCUCGAUUCACGAGUGAAGCGAAAUAUCCUUCACCAUCCCUCUGCAACCCUUCUCAAACGACCAGAAUUGGCACAGUAUGUCUGGCAUGUGACGGAGACAGGCGCAGUGCAGAACUUGCGACAAGUUAUUCCUCAGAUCACAGAGGAUAUUGUUGCAGCGCUUAGACUUUGUACAAAUCUCACAUCUGCAACUUGGGUGGACGACACGACGACUCCAGAGGCGAAUUUUCUACCCAUACUGGAUGUCUUGAUGACGUUACCCUUGCAGGAGCUUACCAUACGCACCCAGUAUGAUCCAGGAGAACGAGUUUGGGCCCGGCUCAAUACUAUUCAGGGCAUUCGUCGCCUAUCAGUCUGGUCUUUGGAGUGGGGCCCCCCGCGGGUGCUUCAAGGAUGGGCUGAUUUGCUGAGCUCCUCUUUAACGCACCUUGAACUUGGCCGUUGUGCAGGUGUUCCCGCAACUAUCCUCGUCUCCGUCUUCAUGAAACUUCCUCUUUUACAAGAACUCUGUCUCAAGGGUGCUCCAAGCGCCGCCAUCCCGGCUAUAAUUGCUUGUCUGCCCAAUCUGAUAGCCCUUGACACGGAAUAUCUAGGCUCUGGAAAUUACCGAUCAGUGGAUAUCGAUGGACCACAGAAACUAUGGACAUGGAUGAGGAUAUUGCUUCCGCACCAACAAACUCUAAAGUCAUUCACGCUAAACGCAUUUGCAGUGCACGGCCAAAUAACCAUUCCGCGCCCAUUCAUCGUGAAUCUUACUGACAGACAUGGAAAGUCCCUUCAAGAUUUUGCUGUGGGCGUUGCGCAGUUGACGUUAGAAACCGUAUCCUAUAUGUGCUCAACAUGCCCCCAGCUUAUGACACUUGAAUGCUCUGUGGCGAGUCCAGACGUAGAUUCAAUCGCAAAAGCAAUCGAGGCGGGACACAACCUUCGGACUCUCACGCUUCAUGUCUCUUGGAUCCCUGAUGGCAGCGUUGAUUUACCUCCGCGGUUUGAAAAGCACUUAGGACCCCGAGCCAUGUAUGCAGAUUUUUCCCAUCUUUCCAGUGAGGGGAUAGCGACUCGUUUCACCGAGGGGCACGCUCGCGCCUUGAUGCUCCAGACACGCCUUCGUAGCAUUGGCAUAGGGGAUCAGUCCUACACGGGUCGGUGGGUUCAUCAGGAAUGUUCCGCCGAGGUCACGCAGGAUGUCGGGAAAGAAGAAAACGUUGUGCUAGAGGUCGUUGGGGAUCCAUUCGUCUAGUUUUCUGGUCACCUGUCACUGUAUUUCAGAUUACUUCCGUGGCCUGUGUACCACAUCACUGAGCGUGCAUUGGUGAACUGAGUGCAUGUGAAGAAAGC